AAUGGUGGCAACCAAACUACAAAGGCCGCCAUUUCAAAACCCUCGGGUUUUUUCUUUUUCUGACUUUGUACACUAGAGAGAGAGAGAGAGAGAGAGAGCAGCGGAGUUGUAGAGAGAUAGAGCGCGAGGGGGGUGGAGACGACGGAGUUUCUUAGGAGAGAAAAAAGUAGGAGGGGAUAGAGAGGGACAAUCAUAAACCCUAAUCUCUCAUUGAAUGAGGAAGUCAAAAGGCGUGAGAGCUGAUUUGGAUGAAACGUUGAAGAUUCGAGAUAAGCUUUGAUGAACUGAAUUAUGUGCAAGUCCAGAUUUGCAUUGCUCCGUCAGAAAAUUUGAAAAGUCAUGCAUAUUAUAGCAAGAACAAACGAGGUCAUACUUUGACGAUUCAGAAUUUUGGGACAUUGUCAAUGUAGGUCUUAUUUUGAGGAUUCAGAAUUCUUUCCUCCAACCUUAAAAUGAAACCAAGAACAAAUGGGGUAUCUAGAGCUCAAAAGUCAAAAACUUUUCAGAGUGAAGGACCAAAUUGGAUUCUCAUUGCUGGGGGUGCCUUAUUAAGUACAUUGUCAAUUCGCCUUGGUUACAAGUUAAAGCAGGCACUCGACACGAAGCAACAAGAGAAUGCUAGCAAUAGUUUGAAAGGAAAUGGGAAAUCCUCCGACAGAAGGAAUGCUGCUGGUUCCCAUUUGCAUUCAAAUGUGUAUUCCUUUACACGAGAAGAUGAUGGUUGCUUCAACUGCAUGUCAGGAACUGAAGGCAUGAUGGAGAUUAAGUGCCCAGCCAAUGGCCAGAUGCUUAGUGAAUCUGAUGGAGUUCUCCCUUUGGUCACAGUUCCUACUCCUGAAUUUAACAAGGAAAAUGGUGUUAUUUGGUCAUCUUCUCCUGAUCGUCUUGAAACGCCUCCAAAGCCUUUCCACCAUUCAAACUGCUCAGACUCUCCAUGUGUCUCAGAAUCUGGCUCUGAUAUUUUCAGCAAGCGGGAAGUAAUUCACAAACUGAGGCAACAGUUGAAGAGAAGAGAUGAUAUGAUACUGGAGAUGCAAGAUCAGAUUGUGGAGUUGCAGAAUUCACUGAAUGCUCAACUAGCACAUUCUACACAUUUGCAGUCGCAACUUGAUGCUGCAAACCGGGACUUGUUUGAUUCUGAGAGGGAAAUACAGAGGCUGAGGAAGGCAAUUGCGGAUCAUUGUGUGGGACGUGUCGGCCCCAAUGACAAGCCUUCCACUGUAACAGUUUGGCCACCUGAGGCAAUAAAUGGCCAUUCAAAUGGGUAUCACAAUGAGGAGAGCAAUUUUGACCUGCCCGAGAAAGGAAGAGAUGGGGGGAGGAUUGAAAUGCUCAAGAGGGAAGUAGGAGAGUUGAAGGAGGUGAUUGAAGGAAAGGAAUAUUUGCUGCAGAGCUACAAGGAGCAGAAGGCCGAGCUUUCCAUGAAGAUCAAGGAUUUGCAGCAGAGACUGGAUUCUCAACUUCCUAAUAUUUUGUAGGCACUCUCAGUGUUUGUCUAUUCUUUUGCCUUUUCCCCUACACCAUUUCAUUUCAGGCUCCAAAAAUUCGAAGCUUCGAUUAGUUUUUUUUUUUUUUUUUUUUUUUUACCCCUCACUAUAUGUAGAGUUUAGCCUUUGUUUUUUUUUUUUUUUUGGUGCUGUAUUCCUUCCUGGUGGUGCACGUGUGCAAGUGUGGAUGACUGAGUGUGUGGGUUUGAAAAGUGAAAAGCGAGCACAGUAGUAGUUCAUUUUCUCGAUGCCAGCAGAUUAUAUGUUUUUUCAUUUCUCCAUAUAUAGAUAAACAAGUAAUGAUUUUCCACGAAA